CUAAACACCCAUCUCUUUAGAUGUUUAUUUCUCAAAUAAGCCAAAACUUUUACAAAAUCUUUGUAAGAGAAUCAACAGGAUUAACAUUACAGCUAGCUAUGCAAAAUUUCCACUUGCGGUUCCAAAUUUACUCCCGCUGCAAUGUAGUUGCCGGCAUUAUGUCUCGGCGCUGUACAAAAGUUUGUAGUUUGUUACCAACGCUACAAAUACUCUUCCGUUUGGUUUUACGUUUGCGUAUGCUAUUUUCCAAGAGGCAUAUUGACAUUCGCCCUGCUCGGUUCGCUUUCGCUCCCCGCACAAGAGCAAACAAACUCGUCCUGGCGUUGGUGUAUUUUCAGGGAAAUUUGACAAUCUCCUCUAUCGCCAGAAAGAACGCUUCAAUAAUGCCCGCACAUAUGCGGCACUUACUGUGGCAACCGAAAAUAAACAGUAGCACCCAUGACAGGAAUGUCACGGCAACAAUCGACUCGUGGCAGUGUGAGUUCGUUUGUGGCAACCAGGAAAAUGUAUGACUUUCUAAUCAAAUCGAAACUGAAAUUGAAAAGAACAUUUGAAUUUUGAGGAAAAUACCACAAUUCGGAAUUAAAAACAAACACAAAAAGCAACAUUGCCGGAAUUGGCAGCGGAUAAAUAUACCAAGAAUUUCCAAACAGCAAAGACGAGAGAAAAUCAAUUUAAGUCGGAAUUUUUGUAAACUAGGGUGAAAGUGUCGGUGCAACCGCCAUGCCCGGCAUCAUGGACGAUAAUCGCAUUUUAUGGCUCAAGUGCACCAUCGCCAACUUGUUGGGUGUAUACGAACCAGAAUUUGUCAAUGCCGUUAUCUAUGAUAAUAUGAAUGAUUUCAAGAGCUUCCUCGAGGACAAAUACUCCAAAAACGAGGAUAUCAAUAAAGUCGUUGUGUACAUGUGGCGCACCUUCUACGACAAGCUGGUGGAGGAGGAGAUCACCGUGCUGGAGGAGGUGGAACCUGAACAACCUACCGAACCUGAAAAGAAAGACAAAAAGGGCAAAAAAGGCAAGAAAGGUGGCCAGCCACCGGGUAAAGAGGCAAAGGCGUCAGCACAAAGCAAGGGACCCAAAAAGGAUUCGGGACGAGAAAGAGGUGGCGGAGAUGACUUUGAUGCUGGCAUCGAUACGGGUGUCGACAGCGCAGGCGAUGACAUUGGAGCGGAAAGUGUAAAAAGUUCUGCAUUAUCGGGGUCCAAGAAAAGCGGCAAAGGCAAGGGACGUAAGAAGAAGCGCAAGACAAUCCAGGCCCCAGUCCCGGUCUACGUGGAAGUCAAGAAAAUCAUUCCAACAUUUGUAAAGACCCCAAUAUUGCAUUGCCACUUCGGGGAGCUGAGCUGCACACAGUUCGACAACAAUAUCAAAUAUGUGUAUAUGAUACGUAAAGAAGUUAACGGAAUACCCUUCUAUUCCGAUAUCAAUGCAUGUUUUGCUGAAAUGCCGCAAUACUUCAUCUUUGGUACUGUAAGAGGAGAAUUAAUCAAGUCAAUGAGCCAAGACGUUGAAAUGAUCUUUAAAAAGGCGAUUGAACUUCAAUUUCGUGAGCCGAAAUUAAUCGAAGGCAAGCACAUGGACAAUUACGAGUCACAAACAGCGCCUGAAGUUGGCGCAGAAACGACCGAAGUGAAGGAUACAGCACCCGGUCUAUUAGAGCUGGCCAAGCCAUCGGAAUUUCGUUUAAAAGCUCUUAAGCAAAAGAGUAUUGCCGAAGAUGCUAUAUACCUAAAAUGUACAGAUUCCGAGGAAUCUUAA